AUGGCUAAGGGAAAGAAACAGAAAUCUAAAUCAAAUUCUGAUUCAGAAUCAAACUUAAUGAAAGAUAUGUCGGAAGCAAUGCCUGAACAAACAGAAGCCGUAGGUCAAUCAGAUGAAUCGAGACCAGAAGACGAAGAUUCAUCAGCUAAGAAUCCUAAUGUGGUAGAAGAAUCUUCAAAAGAGCUGAUAGAUAACUCUGAUGUUUUUGAGCAGAAAGAAGGAGAACCAACGUCAAUUAAGUCAGAGUCGACAUCAGAGGAACCAAAAGUUGCGGCAACUGCGGGAGAUGAACUGAAAUCGAGUAUCACUAAAGAUUCUGAAUCAGAUGAAUUUAAGACUAAAGGAACAAAAUCAAACACGAGUCCAUCAAGUGCCAUUGAAACUAAAGAUGUUAAUGAAGAUAGUCAGAGCGAAAGAUCAGAAAUACCAGUAGAAAAGAAGGAAACUAAGUCAACUAAGAAGAAAUCCGUAGGGUUUGCACCACCACCCGAAGAAGACUUGAAAGAACACCACGAAGACUUAAAAAAGAAAGAAGAGCAGAAACGAAAGUCUAACCCAUUUCAAAGAAUGCCGCCAGAAUUGUCAUAUUUGCAAAAGAAGCCAGAACCUCCUAAGCCAUUGAAUGCAUUCACACCACAUCCUUCGACACCAAGAAGAGGCGUGCUGAAAGAAUUGGGAGAUUUAAGAAAUAUGCCAAUCAAAGAAAUCUCACUACAAAACAAAGAAACAGAAUUAAAUUUCAAUUAUCCUACAAUCCAUUUGCCAAUUCAAUCGCAUCAUAUACUAGUAGAUGUCAAAUUUGGCUCAUUAAACUCUUUUGACCUAGCCAAGAUUAAUAAUUAUAUUUUGAACUUGAGCAAUACUAAGGUCGGUCUUGGAUAUGAAUUCUCUGGAAAAGUAAUAGAAGUCGGUGCAGGCUAUCAAUCAGAAUUUGCAGUUGGAGACAAUGUCUUUGGAUGUAUCAAUUCUAUAGAUAGAAAAGGUGCAUUAUCAUCAAGCUUGAUAGUUAAUCCAACAAAGGAUGUACUUAUUUCUGUCGAUGAUAACGUAUUAGAAAAGGUAGAAAAUCUUAACAUUGAACUCUCAUUCAGGAAUGUAACCGAAGAUGGAAACUUUGAAAUUAAUUCAACGUCAUCAUCGUCGCUCAAUUCAGACGUUGAGGGUACCAAAGAGCCUACAAAUUUACGUAAUAAACUUGGGGACCUCACUAUUGAUGAACAACUACCACCACUUGCUAAAUUAUCGACAUUCUCAGUCUUAUACUGUAGAGCCAAACAGGCACUUGAUCAUUCAAAUGCCGUAUUUGAAAAGACUGGUAAAGCAAAUAUUUUAAUCAAUGGUGCUGAUACAAAUAUGGGCUUCACAAUCAUUCAAUUAUUAAAUUCUUCGGUAUAUUCUACAAUUUUGAAUGAAAUGAAUCUCAUUUUAACUAUCAAAGAAAGCAGUUUCGAUAAAAUGACUAAGUUAGUGAACUAUUUCACAAAAGGCAAGUACUUUGAUCCUUCAAGAAAAAAGAGAAUUCACUUAGUGACGUUUGAUAUGGAGAAUGAAGACUUAAUAUUGCCGGGUGAGAAAGUACCAUUAAAUUAUAAGAAACCAGAUUUAUUUGCAUCGGAUGUAUUAAAUGCCUUAUUUGGGGACUCCGAGGAAAGCAUAAAUAAAAAUAAUGUGGUAAAUCACAAGUUGGAUUUGAUUAUUGAUAUAGUUGGUAGCAAGAAAUAUUUGCAGACACUGUCUAUAAGAUACAGUAAACUUGAAACGUUAUCCUUGCCAUAUUUAUCGAAAUUCUCUGCGGAUACUACAUUGUCUCAGGUAUUAAAUUCUCGUACUAAGGAACCAUUUAUACUGAAGAUCUUAAAGCCUAAAUCUUACAAUUCAUGUUUUGUGUCUUGUUGUAAGUUCAAUCUUUCGUUUCCAAGCUAUAACAUUGAUGAAUUGUUUGAUUAUUCCGGUAGCAACAUAUCGCUAAAUCCAUGGUCGAUGAAAUGGUCGAGCAAUCUUGCAAAUUCUCUUAGCAGCUACUACUACUUUGAAGAGCUCUCUUUACGGGUAAAGAAAGCGUGGAUAUUAGAAGGAUUGAAUUUGCUUCUUGAGGAUGAGCUUAAGUUUAGAAUUGAUGAUUUCAUCGAUUGGAGAAAUAACUUCAAAAAAUAUAUAAAAUUAUUAAAAAAAGAUGAUGGAAAAGUCGUCUUCAAGAUUGAAGACUUCUAA